AUGUUGCUGCUGCAGUGCAGGCAUGAAGUCUCUUUUCCUAAGAUAGACAAUUUGGUACCAAGAGGAGAAAUGAAGAUUUUCCUGGUCUUUCUAGGUCUGCUUGGUAAUUCCCUUGCUAUGCCGAUGCACAUGCCCCGCAUGCCGGGAUUUAGCAGUAAAAGUGAGGAGAUGAUGCGUUACGGCCAGUUCAGCUUCAUGAACUUCCCACAUAUGGCGCACCUCGGCCGGGCCUACGGGAACGGUCUGCAGCCCCCACAGCAGUUCCCGCAGUACCAGGUGCCCAUGUGGCCUCAGCCCCCGCCCAGGACGUGGCCGCCACACGGACCCUCGGCGCCCAAACGCCAGAACAAGACUGACCAAACCCCGGAGGCCCAUAAACCCAACCAGACUCAGCCAAAAAAGACACCACAAAAGCGGCCUUUGAAGCAGCCGCCGCAUGACAUGCCGGAGCCCAAGGAAGAAGGGCAGACCCCUCAGGCCUUCUCUCCCUUCAGCAAUGGGCUCUUCCCCUACCCUCCACCUCCAUGGCACAUCCCACAGAGGGGACCUCCACCAGGCUACGGGCGCCCGCCAGUCAGCAAUGAAGAAGGAGGGAACCCCUACUUCGGAUAUUUUGGAUAUCAUGGCUUUGGAGGUCGCCCACCAUACUACUCAGAAGAGAUGUUCGAACAAGAUUUUGAAAAACCAAAAGAAGAAGAUCCCCCUAAAGCCGAGAGUCCAGGCACAGAGCCCACAGCUAACACAACAGCCACAGCCACAGAGACUAAUUCUACCCAUCCGAGUCCCAGAGGGAGUCCGGGAGGAAAUGACACCAACCCCACAGGAAACGGCGGCCUGGGGCCGAGCCCUGGGACCCCAAAUGGGGUCACUCCACCCCCUGCGGUCAAUGCUUCAGGCCAGGGGGUGCCAGGAAGUCAGAGCCCGUGGAGACCAAGUCAGCCAAAUAUUCGCGAGACUUACCCAAACCCCAAUGUACGGCGUUUUCCUUCAGGAAGACAGUGGUAUCCCACUGGCACUGCCAUGGGCCAUAGGCAGACGGGGACUUUUUUUAGAAAUCAACAAUUUCAAAGGGGUCCUCGGUGGAAUUCCUUUGUGCAAGUAGCUCGUGCAGGAAACCCAACUUAUCACAAAGCUUAUCCUUCCACUUCAAGAGGCAAUUAUCCCAAUUAUUCAGGAAAUCCAGCAAACAUCAGAAGAAAGCCUCAGGAGCUAAAUAAACACCCCCUGGGGGCCAGCACUGCUCCACUGGGUCCCAAACACGGCACUGUCAGCCCCAGUGAAAAAGUCCAGAAUCCCAGGGAGAAGCCACUGGGCCAAAGGGAAAGAAUAGUUGUUCCUACAAAGGAUCCAACUGGGCCCUGGAGAAAGCCUCAACAGUACGGAGUUAAUAAAUCCAAUUAUAAACUGCCUCAUCCCGAAAGAAGUACACCAAUCCCAAAUUUUAAUUCUAUUGAUCAACGGGAAAACUCCUAUCACCAAAUAGGAGAUUCCGCUAGACUCCCAAAUUCUAAUGGACAAACCCAAAGCCAAAAUUUGCCCAAAGGGAUUGUUUUAGAACCAAGAAGAAUUCCGUAUGAAUCAGAAACUAACCAGCCAGAAUUAAAGCACAGUACAUAUCAGCCUGUAUACCCUGAGGAAAUCCCUUCUACCACAAGGGAACGUUUUCCUCCUGGAAAAAACACUUGGAACCACCAAGAAAUUUCUCCACCUUUUAAGGAGGAUCCGGGGAGGCAGGAAGAACAUUUGCCUCAUCCUUCCCACAGUGCCAGAGGAGGCGUUUUCUACCCUGAGUAUAACCCCUACCCUCCCCGGGAAAACUCCCCAUACCUCAGGAGCAGUAUGUGGGAUGAGAGGGAGGAUUCUCCCAAUACUAUGGGGCAGCAAGAAAAUCCACUGUACCCCAUAAAUCCUCCAGACCAGAAAGGGACAGUCCCUUAUAAUGAAGAGGACCCAAUCGAUCCAACUGGAGAUGAACCUUUUCCGGGACAAAAUAGAUGGGGUGAGGACCUGAGCUUUAAAGAAGGCCCAACAGCUCACUAUGAAGGGGAGCGAUACACCUCACAUCAGCCCAAAGAGUAUCUUCCCUACUCCCUAGAUAAUCCGCCAAAACCCAGGGAGGACUUUCCUUACAAUGAACUUUAUCCCUGGAGCCCAGAUGAUAAUUUCCCCCAAUAUAAUACGGCUCCUACUGUGUCACCACCUAUAGAGAGCAGGGGCUAUUACACCAACAGUGCCGCUGGACAGGAGGAAAGCACUUUGUUUCCUUCAUGGAACUCUUGGGACCACAGGAUUCAAGUCCAAGGACAGAAGGAAAGAGGACCAUAUUUUUACAGAAAUUUCUGGGACCAGACAGUAAAUUUACACAAAGCCCCAGCUAGUCCACCAGACCAGAAAGAGAACCAUCCCUAUUCCAAUAACUCCCCUGCCGGGCUUCAGAAAAAUCCAGUGUGGCGUGAAGGUGACAGUUGGAACUAUGGCAUGCAAAUUACUAGGCUAAAUUCACCAGAAAGAAAACAGGUGGCUUUCCCAGACUUAAUUCCUCAAAGUUACCCAUCACAUCAAAAAGAAGCACAUUUAGUUCACCUACACCAAAGAGGUCCCUGCUGCGCGGGUGGCCCCACAGGGCCCAAGGAUGACCCACUGGCUCUACAAGACUACACUCCAUCCUAUGGCCUUGCGCCAGGGGAGAAGCAAGAUGCCAGCCCGCUAUAUACAGAAGGGAGUCAUGCCAAGCAUGCCAGACACGUCAUCACCCCAGCAAGUAUUCUACCCGACCAAAGAAAUAGCUCAGAGAAGAGACUGCCCGGGGAAAGCCAGAGCCCGAGUCCUGUUAGAGAUGAUGUGUCCGGUCUGAGGAGGAACACGCCAUGUUCUUCAAAGAGGCCAGUGGGCCAGAGGGGAGUUGUGCCCUUUCCCGAAGCCAGUUCCCUUCAAUCAAAGAGUACACCGUGUCUCAAAAGUGACCUUGGAGGAGAUGGGAGCAAAGUUCUGGAACAAACUUUUGAAGACAACCAGCUCCAUGGAAGAACAGUCGGCCUUACUCCUGAGCAGCUUGUUAUUGGUGCCCCUGAAGAAGGCCCCAACCUAGAAGACAUCCAGAGUGAGGUCCAGGGCAAGGACGGUGAGAGGCAGCUGCAAAGACCACCUCACGUCCUGCAGUUACCAUGCUUUGGCUCCAAAUCAGCAAAGCAUCACUCUUCCAGCCCUGGGACCCCGUCUAGCAAUGGAAGGCAAGGCCCAUUUGAUGGGGAUCAAAUUGUGACUACAGAAAAUCCUGACACAUUGCUAGAGGUAGCUCCCGGAGAGCAGUUUAGGAGUGUGAACGUAGACCCACUUGAUGCAGAUGAACACACUCCCUUUGAACCCCAUCAGAGGGGGACCAUCCCCCAGGACCAGCCACAAGACUGCUUACUACUUCAGGCCUAA